CAUACAUGCUCGAUCAAAGUUUUUUUCUGGUAUAUAUAUAUAAAUUAACAAAUAUUUUUUUAACAAACCUCAAGUGUUUUCGAAUAUAUUUAAUUGUAUCGUGCAUAAUUUACAAAGUUUUUGAUAGUAACUGUAAUCAUGACUGAAAUAGCCGCCAGUAACUACAAAAAAGGUGACCCCUUCCCGGCCCGCACCGACCUAACCAAACUGCGUGUGUAUAGCUACCAGACGUGUCCGUACGCCGAGAGAGCGCUGUUAGUAUUGGCCGCCAAAGGCAUUGACCAUGAGAUAAUAAACGUGAAUCUGUGGGACAAACCUGAGUGGCUCCUGGAGCGCAACCCUCUGGGAAAAGUACCGGUGCUCGAGAUCGGACCCGACAACAAGAUCCUAUACGAGUCGCAAAUAGUGAGCGAGUACUUGGAUGAGGUCUACCCCAACCUGAGGCCUCUACAGGCUAAGGAUGCCUUUCAGAGGGCCAGCGAUAGGGUGAUCAUCGAGACGUUCAGUAACUCUUACAGCCGUUUGUAUACCUUAUAUGCCACCAAAAACUUGGCCGACGUUUGGACAGACAUUACGGAGAAUCUGCAAAAAGUGGACAAACUCUUGGCUAAGAGGAGGGGCAACGAGAAGUUUUUAUCCGGUGCCUCAUUACCAGGGCUGGUAGACUACGCCAUAUGGCCAUUCAUUGAGCGCUUACCCCAGUUCAUAGACCUCGCUGACCAUAACUCGGAGGAAUUCCUACGCAAAGAGUUGCCCACAGUUUAUGAUUACAGAAAACAAUUGCUGGCCGACCCGACUGUCCAAAAAGUGUGCGUACCCUACGAUAUACAACUGGCCCACGCCCGGCAGUACCGUAAAGUUAUGCUAAAAGGAAACACUUUUAAAUAAGAUGUUUGCAUCCAG